CUCUCCCUCUCUCCCUCCCUCUCUCUCUCUCUCUCUGCCUCUCUCCCUCUCCUUCUCUCCCUCCUUCUCUCUCUCCCUCCUUCCUCCUCCCCCUCCCUCUCUCCCUCCCUCCCUCUCUGAACCCUGGUAAGACUCAUAUAGUAACCAAUACGUCAGUGUGUUGCGUGCCCCGCCAAGCUAGACUCCCCCUCCCUCCCUCUCUCCUUCUCUCUCUCUGACACAGAUAGGAAGCGGUGAAGCCUCCCAUUCCAGCUCGGCGCUGCCAUUCUUGCGGCGCCGCCACUUGUUGGACCAUCUGCAAUGAACGGCCUCCGCUCACAUCCUUGCAGAUAACCAGGCGGCAAGGGGCUUCCAUCCAUCCGCCAAUGGUUUUACUAAACCUAGGAUGGGAUUUACGUUGAACGGAGUGUACCUUGUGCUAAUUCUCGGCGUUCAGCUCGCCUAUCUGUUCCGCAGUGUGCGAGCCGUGGGGAAGUGCGAUGCGGUUUUCAAAGGGUUUUCCGACUGUUUGCUGAAACUCGGGGACAAUGUGGCGAGUUAUCAACAAGGCGUCGACGACAAGCAGAACGUCAAGACCAUCUGCUCAUACUGGAACGAGUUCCACGCCUGCGCCACCACCGCAUUGGCGGACUGUCAAGAUGGAGCGACGGAUGUUUGGGAAAAACUCAAACAAGAUUCCAAAACCCUGGAUUUCGAGGGUAGUUUGUUUAACCUUUGCGAGAAAAAUAACUCGGCGAACACAAUAAUUCUCCAGUAUUCCACCGUCGUUCUUUUAACGUUGUCCGCCUUACUGACUUGGAUUAUUCUCUAGGAAGACAGGCGGCGUCGAAGCACACUCACACUCACACUCACACUCACACUCACACUCACACUCACACUCACACUCACACUCACACACACACACUCACUCACUCACACACA